AUGACUGGCGGGGCCAAGAAGAGCGGCAUAGUGGACUGGGUGUUCAAAGGUGGCUCCGAGAAACAUGACACAUACGCCAACAAAGAAGAAGCCUUGCCUACGUGGGUGUACAGUCUCACCUUUGCCUGUAGUACAGUGCCCCUAGACCCCAACCACCACCUGCAGCACCUCAGAGGCGGCUUUGUAAGUCAGCGUCCGGUGUUUGUGAGCCCUCGCCAGUUGUUUAACUGUUUUGUGCCGCUUCUGAGAGCUCAGCCGCCACAAAUCAGAAACGCCGUCAUCUUUGCACUGGGUACGGCCCCUCCCCGGUCUUCAAG